UGGACCUCCAUUGUCCACCCAAAACCAAAAAAUGAACAGUUGGUUGGUCCGACAGUCCUAAACCCCCCAAAACCCUGUUUCGAUCUCCGCCUCAGUUCAGAACCAUAGCUGCUGAGUGCCUCAACCGAAUCGCAAGAUGGUGCAUAAACCUUGGAAGAUCAUACCAAGACCCCUGCUUGAAACCAUUUUAAACAACCACGUUCAACACCCUCGCGUCCCUCAGCCUCUCAUUCUUCACGGACCCAGAGGCGUUGGGAAAACCACUCUAAUACUCGAACGUUUGCUUGGCGAUUGGAACAAAGGCCCCCACCUCACUGGGUAUGUAGAUUUUGCUGAAACCAUCAAAGAUCACCACCCGCAAUACAAUCAGUCAUUUCCAUGGACUUCUUGGUCGAAUUGCCCUCCACCCACUUUGUCAGAUUGCCGGCAGAAGCUUGAACACGUCCUGGAAUCCAUGGCAGAAAAAGGGAUCAUGCUUGGAACCAUCACCUCCCGGCAAAUAUUCACCACUCUAAACAAAUGGCAUGGUUUAAAUACAGCACUCAAGCGUAUAUUGCAGAGCAGUAUUGCUUCAAAAUCUGCUGUUUCAAACAAGGUUUCGCUCUCCAGAUUGUGGGAUCACGCAGUUUUUGCGGUAUCUGCUGGAUAUAAUGCCAAUGAGAUUGAUCGGAUUUUGGGGUUGGGUGAGAAGGGGCGUAGCCUGUCUGUUGAGGAGGCUUCGUAUUUCAAGGAGGCAAUUGUGGCACUGAAACUGGCAAAGGAGGUUAUUAAGGUUCAACAAGGUUGGAGAGCUAAUGCCAUUGCUCAUCUGAACAGGACAGGUGGGUUUUCAAGGUCUUUGGCACAUUGUUGUACUGACUGGCCCUGUUUAUUGUUGGAGUUGUUGUCACAAGCUGCUGAAAUUGAUCAUUUUCAGCCAAAGUUGGUUAUUAACAAUGUUGAAGUUUUGAAACAUGCAACUCUAAAUGGUGAGUUGUCAGUUAGCGGAUCACUGUAUCAUGAUAGUUUGAUAUGGAGAAUAAUUGCUUUGGGUGUAAACGUACGUAGUUUACCUGUGAUCUUGGUGACAUCUGAUAGCUACUAUUCAUACAAAGCUUUCUUGGAUUUUGGAUUUAUUGACAUAUUCAUCUCCCGUGAGACCUUUGGAUGGACUCCACAAGAAGCUAAAAUGCACAUGGUUGCUGAUUAUUUCAGUCACUCUGAAUGGACCAUUAUCAUUGAGUUACUUGGUCCAAGCCCUCGACACCUAUUUGAACUUUAUGUUCUCAAACAAAGCAAUUAUUACCAGAAGAUUGCUGGAGACAAGAGUGCCUUUGAGGACAUUUUAGAUGCUUAUUUAGCAUAUUUGCAAAUUACUGUUGUAAAUCCUGCCAUGGAUAGAGCAUUGGAGAUCUUGCAAAAGUUUGCAUUUGAUGUGCGUGCUGGAAAGGUUUCAAAAGAUAAAUUACGUUUUGGAGCACCUUGGAGACAUCCCCCGCAGACUGAUGACCCUACAUCAAACAUGAAAUGGGCAAAGCUUCAACUAAUGGAUUUUAUUCAGUCUCUAGUCAACACAGAAUUUGGGUUUAAUUAUCUAGCGGAUUGCAGCCUAGAAAUAUUUGAUGAUCCUUCUGCUGUUGCACUAUUGGAGGUAGGAUUGCUUUAUGCACAAAGAGACCCAUCUUUCAUGCGCCCUGUCUCUCGGGGAAUACAGAGGUGCCUUGUAAGAUGGCUUGUCCAGCAGCGGAUGGAACUGGGUUUCUGCAACUCUAUUUAUUUCCUGUGGCAUAGGAUAUUACGUGGACGAAGUUAUCGCCAUUUGAUGUUGGAAAUUGGCUAUAAAUAGAGAAUGGAAACUUGGUUUAACUCCCAGGUUUCCUUCGGAAUUGACAAAGUGAGGAAGUCUUCUAUGAAAUUCAUGGAAAGAUGUUACUGAAACAAACCUUUCUUCCAUGCAGUUUACACCAAGCAGGUGCUUACACCCGUGCCAACGCUUUAUUUUUAAGAAUGGUCAAGUUGUUGUUCUGCAUUUAGUGCCUAGUUUCCAUAAAAAAGGCUCAAGCCUGACUGACUUCAACAAGGAUCUCUUCAGGCACGCAUGACUUUGGUAUUUAUGACAAGGUCAUUCUCAGUUCAAUCAUCCUUUAUGGUGGGGCAAGAAACCACUUGGAUUAAUAGAUAUCUCUCUACUUGUUUGCACAUUCAAGUGUCAAAGACGAAUUGUAUAAAAUGAAUAAUACGCAUGCAAGUUUUUAAGUGUGCUUGGCAUGCAUAUACCCAUUUUUUUCCAGUAAAAUAAUUCUGUUUCUAUGGGGGUUUCAAGUGACA